GUCGGCGAUAUUUAGAUGUGUUAUUUUACAUUGUCAGGGAUAAUUUCAAAGUUGGACUAUAUCGUGGACACUGGCAUCAAUGCGAUCUGGUUGUCGCCCAUAUACCCAAGUCCCAUGAUCGAUUUCGGAUAUGACAUAUCCGAUUUUAAAAACAUCGAUCCGACCUUCGGUUCAUUAGAAGACUUCAAAGUUCUUCUAGCACGCGCUAAGGCACUCGGUUUAAAAGUGGUUCUUGAUCUUGUGCCGAAUCAUACAUCUGACAAGCAUAUAUGGUUCCAAAAGGCUCUACAAGGUCAUAAGAAGUAUAAGAACUAUUAUGUGUGGGCACGCGGUCGAAAUGGAGACGGCAUAACACCGCCCAACAAUUGGAUCAGCGUAUUUAGUGAUUCCGCGUGGACUUAUGUUGAAUCACAAAAACAAUGGUAUCUUCAUCAGUUCGAGUAUAGACAACCUGACUUAAAUUUCCGUAACCCUGCAGUAAGAUUAGAGAUGAAAGUAAGUAACAAGAAGAAUUUUAAUUUUUUUUAAGAUGUUGUCAUAUGU